CCAUAUAAAGGUAUAUUAGGACAGAUAGAAGUGUUUACCAGCUAAUUAAAGGAGGAGGAGGGGGUAGAGAGAUUAGAAUUUAAUGGAAUCGGAAAAAAUACACCGUAUGGCCCUACAAGCCUGCUAUGCCAAUCAACAUGAUAGAUGAUCAUCUAUUACAAGCCAUUAUCCUGCUUUCUUCCCCCACUGUCUAGGAAUAUAUCUACUUUAAAACAUGCAGUGACUUGGCCUUUAUAGCCUCAGUGGAAAAUAAUUCCACAGGUUCACCUGUGAAGAAACACCCUUAUUUCACUCCCUAUCGCCCACGACUGAGAAUGCUCAUCCUUGAUCUUAGUCGAGGGAAAUAUCCUCCCCAUAUCCAGUAUAUCUGGCCCUGUCAGGAUUUCAGAGCUGAUGCAUGCAUAACAUGUCAGAUCAACAACUUUAGAUAUGGUGCUGCAAUCCUUGAUUCUAAUUAGUUGUCCUUUGGUCAUUAAAAUGAUUUUCAUCUUGCAAUGGCUGUCUUGUUAAACUGAUCUAGAAAAACAAUUGUUCUCAAUUUUUUUUUAAACAGUAGAUACAAUGUCUUGGGAAUGUAGCUUAGUGCAAUUGUUUCUUUGAUAAUUCUCCUUGUGUUACUCUAAGGAUACCAUAUAAAUGGCCAAUAUUAUAUUUCCCAGACAUUCCCCUCAUCAUAAAGUCAUAGAGUUAUACAGCAUGGAAACAGUCCUGCAGUCCAACGCAUCCAUGCCGACCAAGCUGCUUAUGCAGGUAGACAAAAAUGCUGGAGAAACUCAGCGGGGCUCCACAGGAAUUGCCUUUGAGAAGGGUCUGGCUGCACCCAAAGAAUUGAACUUGAGGCUGAAUUUUCCAGAGAGCUACUUUCCCGAUCCGAUGCCCAACAGUCCUUCUUUGGAUGAAGAGGAUGAUGACUGGAGUGAAACGUACCAGCCUGCCGUUAUUGAGGCUGCUCAUGAGUUUGUUUUUUCUGACUUGCUCCGCAUUGACUCCCCCAACCCGCCAACUCUGAGCCCAGCCGAGCUACCGCAACAAGACAGCGUCCAAUAUGCACUGUCUGAGUGGCAAGUGGAUGAUGAAGAGGAGGAGGAGGAGGGAGAGCAGGAUCAUAACAAAUGGGAUGCAACCUCACAGCUCCAGCCUCCUUGCGAUGGCCAUGACUGUCCAAAAGAUAAUUUUGACUUGGUCGGGGAGGUUCUCUAUCAAAGUCAGUUGCUAAGCAAUGAGAAACUGAAAGAAGAAAAUAUCCUAUUACGAAGACAGACUAAAGCAGCAAAGCAACUGGCAAAGGACCAUGUAAGGAGGACCAAGAGAUUGGAAGAAGAUCUGGAGAAAAGGAAAAUUAUAGAGGAGAAGGAGGCACGAGCAUUGGAAGGGAUUGUUCAACAAGUCGAAGAGAAUCUGCAACUGAUGACGAAACGGGCUGUGAAAGCAGAGAACACUGUGACUAAACUGAGACAGGAACUUGUAACUCUACAGGCAGAACUGCAACAGUCCAAGUCUGAGAAUGAAAUACUUCGAUCUCAAGAUUCUGCUGCUCUGAGUUCAGCAAAAAACAGUGCUCAACUUGCCUCCGAUUAUCUUGUGAAGACUGCAUAUGAAGCGGAGACCUCGGUGAAGCAGCUCAUGUCUGGAGCAGAAACAUUACGGCUGGCAUCUGAGCUGCUGAAGUCCAUUGACAGAAUUUCUGAGCUACCACCUUGCUGCAUAGUGGAAGAUCCUAGCUGAUGCAGUCAUCUUCCUCUAGCUCCACCCACCCCGGUCUGAACGUCACCUACCAGAUGAUUCAACACAACAUUGAGAAAUGGAUUAAUUUGACUCCCCACUGCCCCAGCACAGACUGAACCUGCCACUUGCAUCACUAGACUGGCCAGAUUUACAUUUGAAAUUAUCCGAAAUGCCCUCUUUCAUUUAGUGGGAUCCCAAAUUUAUGUUCUACCUUCAGCAUCACAAAAGUCAUCUUAUUGUUUGUAUGAAAGUGGAAUUAUGCCAUCAAUUAUGAAGGGAUUUAUAUCCAUCAAUAAUAUUAGUGAGUAAAUUAUGGAGUCUGGCCAUCUUCCACUCUUUGCAAAAAAAGCUGCCCUCUGUUGCUGUUUUUUUUUUUUAAUGCUGUGUUUUAAUUGGAUUGUGUGUAAUAAUUUAACAUGCGGGAAGCAGGCAUUGUCCACGAAUGUGCCUCAUGCUCUCUAUUUGAUUUCCUAUAGUGCAUUAUUUCCUCCCCUGCCUUCCACAUGGCAUCACCUUGUGUAGUACACUGUAAAUGUUGAUGAUCUUGCGAUGUUACAGGGAUUGGGGGGAGGCUUGAGUUAUAUGGAGACACUGGACUUUUUUCACUUGAGUGCAGGGGGCUGUGGGGUGGCACGAAAGGUAUUUGAAAUCAUGAGUGACAUGGAAAAGGUGGAUGGUCACAGUCUUUAUCAGAGAGUAGGGAAGUCUAAAACUAGAAAAGAUAGAUUUGAGGUGGAGGGUAAAGAUUUAAAAGGGACCUGAGUGGCAAAUUCUAUACACAAGUGGAUAUAUGGAACUAGCUGCCAGAGGUAUUUGUUGGGGCAGAUACAAUUACAAUGUUUAAAAGACAUUUGGAUAGGCACAUAGAUAGAAGAGGUUUAGAGGGAUAUGGGCCACAUGCAGGCAAAUGAGGCUAGCCAGGGUAGAUAUUGUGGUCGGCAUGGACAAAUUUGUCUGAAGGUCCUGCUUCUGUGCUUUGUGACUCUAUUGCCAUCAAUCUUCAAGCCUUUUAUCCCAGUCAUUUAGAUCAUUGCCUUAAAUUAACUUAGCUGCCUUGGUUACCUGUAAUAACCUUACAAGAAAUAUCUGUUUUGCAACCUCCAAUGGCCAGUCUUUAUCGAGCUUUACUGGGAUAGGGAAGAAUUCCAGACUUCCGGAUAUCAAAUCUGAAUGAUCCUGUUGUAAUUUUAGAAUUAUGCUCUUGGCUCUGGGCUUUCCAUUAAAGUAAAUCAUUUUCCUAUUCUUAUAAUAAUUGAUAAACAUCCCCAUUAGAUCGCUUGUUAAAGGGUAAUGAUGGCAGAUAUGUAGGGGAUGGGAUGACUGCUGCAGAGAAAGAACUAUGAACAAUAUCGAUUCACAUUCACACCAGUCAUUUGCCUUGCAUUAUUACAUUAGAAAAAAAUGGAUUUUGAAUUGUGUUUCUCACUGAACUGGUUUUGAUGAAAUUAUAUAUUUAACAUUGAGAUGUCUAGUUAAGAAUUUGUACAAUAUGUUGGAGAGAAGGAAGUAACUUGUAAUUCAUGUACAUAACAGGAAUAAAUGAACAAUUCAUGAAGUC